AUGACAUCUGCACGAGAGGCUCACCACUCUGCACCAAACAUCCUUGCGUUUCACCAGAGCCAUCAUGAUUUGAUAAAGGGCACAUUCGCGCCCGACCUGCAUGGCAACCUCCCGCGCCAUCUCCACAGUGAGAUUCUGCAGACAAACCCGGCACCAUUUCGGCUACCUGCUACAGGCGCGCCACGGUCCUCACCGUAUCGCACGCCGCAGUGGACUGAGCUCAGCGAGUGCAUUCGUGAAGUGUCACCACUUCCCUUCCCAGAUGAUGAUGUCCGUCGCGUCGCCGGAUCCCGCGCAGAGCCGCACUCUCGCUCGCCAUCGACGACGACGUCUUUGCCAGGAUAUGCGGUGUUAAGGCGCCUCGCAGAUCUUUCGCAGGCGUCCGAUGUCGACCCGGCAGCCGUCGCAGCCGCUCUUCGAGAGGCUGAGCGGAUGCUGGAGGUUCCCACGGACGCCGGCGCAAACCGUGAAUAUGCACGCCGCAGCGGUGCGCUGAUUGCCGAGAGCACCACAGACGAGGACCGCUUACCUCUGAGUCGUGUGCGAGCGACGUCGUCGGUCGCGUCAUCCGCGUCUGCCGGGCUUCGCGAGAAUGUUCAAUCACGAUGCCCGCGCCACAACCACGAGCACCGGCGUCAUCAGCGCCACCACUGCGAUGGGGGCCGUGCACUUUCACCCGCCGACGUCACUGCAGCCUCCGGAUUAGGGGCAGCGUCUCGCUUCCACAGCUCCUCAUCCUGGGGUUGGCCAGCCCCCGCACCCGUCCUUUCUGGAUCGCCGGCGCCGCCCCGCCCCGCACCCACCGCGACAACUUUGCCAGCGAACAACCACGCCGGCCCCCAUGCAUCUUCCAUCACAGCGGGCGUUCUUGACCCCACCCUGCGUUGGUAUGACGUGUACUACACCUGGAUGCUCUACUACCAGCAGCUGUACGCCGCACAGGUGCUGCAGGAACGGCAGCGGCAGCGCGCAAAGCGAGGGGAGAGAGGGAAGAGAGAGAGUCACCGCAGUCUUCAGGGCAGGCGUGCUGUUUCUCGCGCAGCCAGCUCGGGGCCGGAGGCGUCGAUGGGAAACCAAGAAGAUGACACCCACUGUGCUCACGCGCUACGGCAGCCUCGCGCUGUGGCACGGGUAGAGCGAGGCGGCGUCCCCGAAGGGGGCGUUCGUAGUAUGUCCAAGGCUUCUGUGUCAAUGAGUGCUCAGCCGACUCGUCAUCAUUGUCCCGUUUCUCCUCCAAAGCCAAGCACUCGCAGCUGUGCGUGGCAAACACCACGGGUGUCGGGUGAGAAAAACACGAAAGGUGACGACCGGGCUGCGCGUCUUCGUGCGGAGCUGCGCCGCCUCGAGGAGGAGUACGCGGUAUUGUCCUCUUCGUUGGCCGAUGUCGAAGAUGACGGGGCGCAGCCUCCAACCUGUGCUGAUGGCCGCAUCAGACACUUUGCUGCUGCCUCCGCCGCAGGCGCGACCAUCGCAAGACCGCAGCCAGCGUGGUCACCUGCACCGGCAGAGCCUCGCGCGCAGAGAGGUAAGUGGCUGGGCAGCCGCGACCAUGCCGGUCCAACCUCGCACCGAGGUUCUGCGGCUCCAGCGGAAACGUGGCAGGCUCUUUCGGAGCGUCAGCGCAACGGAACCUUUCACUCGAUGGCGCGCGUCUGCACAAGUCGUGGUCGCUCACAACAGUCGUUCUCACGUCAGCGACCACAGUGGCGACACUGA